UCAUGCUACUGCUUUUGCCUGAUCUGAAAAUUAAAAUCGUUCUUUGUAUUCCAUCACAUUAUCAAAUAAAUCAUAACCCGUGCGGAUCCCGGACCAAACUAAGAGAAAUCUGUACAAACAUUUGUAUCUGGAACCGUCAUGGAACAAGACCAGCAACUUCGGAACUUACGGGACUUUCUACUAGUGUAUAACCGAAUGACGGAGAUCUGCUUCCAGCGAUGCACAAGCAAUUUCAACUACAGAAAUCUUACGAUGGAUGAGGAGCGCUGCGUUGACAACUGUGCUGGUAAAUUAAUCCGCACCAACCACCGUUUGAUGGGCACCUACGUUCAGCUGAUGCCACGUAUAGUGCAGCGGAGGAUGGACGAGUUGGAGAGUAAGGCUGCAGAGGCAGCAAAAGCAGCAGAAGCUUCAGAACCACCAUCAUUAGUGGAAGUGCCUCCAACCUCAACUCCAGUCACUACUUCAACUGACAUGCCCCCUGCUGUCCCAUUGGCUACAGAUAGCCCUGCCACGCCCAUAGGAAUGCCCAUGGCUUCAGCCCCAGGGGAAAGUAUUGUUGCAACAGAGAUCCCAGAGGCAUCAGCUGUAGUUUCUCCAUCAGCUUUGGUGAAAACACCACAAGAGGCGUCACCAAUGAUCGACAUGCCAACAACUCUGGCGCCAGCUAAUAACGACGUGUCAUUAGCAGCUCCACCUCCAAUAGUAGAAUCAGUGACCCAGGCAUCAGAGGGAGGUGGCCCACCCGUGCCCCCCGUGUCUUCAAAUAAGGCUUUACCAUUGAUGGUCCCGUCAGCUCAAAUAGCUCCUCUGAAAGACAGUUCCCAGACCUUUAUAGCAGAGGCACCAGAAUCUAAACUGACUUUAGAGUCAUCCAUGGGAGGAGCCGGUGCUACAACAGCGAGCACUUCGCCGGUGGCAGCAGAGGUAACCCUGGCAACACCAUCGGACGAAAUCAGGACUACGCCCACCGGAGAUGCUACAGUACCCGUGCUCUCCGUGUCUGCCCCUCCAACAAGUUCCAUCGGUGCACCUGGGGGUUCUCUGUCAAGUGCUGUAGCAGCUAUCCCAAUAGAAAACCUGGCUCUAUCAAAGCAGCUGGAUCAGGCCAACGGCGUCACAACAAAUUCUUCAGGUCAAAGGUCAUCGGCUGGGACAGGGCAAGAAUCUCAGCCACCAUCCUGACAGCAAAAUGAAGAAUGAGUUAGUGAUGGUGAAUCCAUACUGAAGAGACACAUUCAGCCCUGUUGACCUCUCACUGGUGUGGCGUUCGCAGAGUUGUGGUCGAAUAUGAUGGAGAAAGAAAAAGAAAGAUGUUUAUGCCUUUUAAAAAAGCAUUGUGUGUAUUAUGCAGAAUUGCUGACUAAAAU